AUGUCGAUCAUAGUUAGUGGUGAUCAUCCCUGGAUGCACUCCUUUGUGUUUGUCCUGCCGGAUAUGAAUGAUAUGCUGCCUGAAGUCAACUACGACAGACUGCCAAACAGGUCUGCAUCCCUAUUGCAGACGGUUCACAUGGAUAUUUUACAACAGGCAGAAGAACUAAAGGAGUACGCUAGGACGAACAUAGACGCCCUGCCGAAAGAGGAUCUGAAAACGAUUCGCAAGCGAGGCAAGCGCUCUGCCCCAUUGGCGUUUAUUGGGGGUCUGAGCAAAUCAUUAUUUGGUACUGCUACUUACGAUGAUGUCGCAAAAGUGGCCAGAAAGGUGAAUAGGAUCAUUGCCACUGAACGGAAAUUGGACAAGGGCGUUCUUCACUUGACAGAGAACCUGGAAAGUUACAUGAAAGUUAACGACGACCGGACUGACAGAAUUAAAGCCCUGGUUGAUGCCACUCAUGGCGAAGUACAGGCUGUUGAGAAAACCUUGCAGGCAAUGCGAUCAAUGGAAAAAGUAAAAAAGGAAUUCCUUAUCAAUCUUACCACCGCAAUGGAUUCACAAAUGUACAUCGCUGGAAAGUUACGAGAGAGGUUGAUCGAGAUACGGUACGCCAUUGACGCGCUCAGCGAGGGAAAGCUUCCGAAAUCCCUCAUUACGGUCCAGGAUAUACAGUCCAUCCUAACUGACGCAAAUGAGCAGAUUGGAGUACGGAAACACUUCGGCGAUCGGUUUCGGUUCACGGUUUCUGACCCCCAUUUCUACUUGAUGCAACCUAACUUUGUCGUACACCUUGUUAGGAAUCGGGAGAUUUGGGUUACAAUCAAGAUGCCGGUCGGAGUGGAGUCCGCGUACAAUCUGUUCCGUUUGCAAACUUGGGGCGUGCCAGUUUCCAGCAAGUCGAAAUUCGACACGUAUAUCCAGGACUUGCCUCUCUACUUAGCACUGACUUCUACCCGAGACAGAUAUCGGACGCUUUCACUCGCUGAGAUGAUGGAGUGCAGAGGAACGACUAUUCGUACCUGUCCUUUCAACCUUGUAAGCAUGGAAAUGGAAAAAGAUACCAAGACGUGUCUCUCUAAUGUCGUUAUGAAUAAUGGUGAAGGAAUUCACGCCUAUUGCGAGUUCGAGAUGAAGAUGUUUGAUGAGUCCAUGCCACGAAUCAUGGCCCUCUCUGAUGACAUGUUUGUUGUGAAGCGGACAGGCGGCAACGCAAUUAUCCUGAACUGUGGGGGUCAUUCGAGAGACCUGCCAGCCUGCACGUCUUGUUUGGUCGAGCUACCUUGCACCUGCAAAAUAGCUGUGGCCGAUAAUAUUCAUUCGACCUCAACGGUCCGCGAAUGCAGCGGCAGCUCGGAAGCUAUUGCGACCAGCAGACAUCUGAUAAAUAUGGCAGUGUUGAAGUCAUUCCUGCAAGCAGAAGAGUUUGCCAGCCUGUCUGUUAGCGCAGACAAAGUCUACGAAAAGGAGAUAAUCAUGUCACAGAGGAAAAUGGACGAGCUUGAAAAAAAGUUCGAGCGCAAUUGGCAGGUAGAACGCCUGGACCGAAAACGUUUAUCCAUUAUUCGUAACGAUACCGAGGACCUCAGAUCGAAGCUGGCAAAACUGCCAGAUGACAUGAUGGAUCUGCAAUGGCUGGAAACAGCAAGCAAUAAUACAUAUAUUAUGUACACUAUUGCUUUUGUGCUGGUCGUUGCAGUAGUAAGCGUCAUUUGGUAUUUGUACCGGGAGCAUAAGCGUGAAAAAAAGAUACGAGACAAAAAUAUGCUGAUAAGGAGAGACGAGGUCUGCUGGCAGUCAGAACAAUAUGAAAGUCUUGUACAGAAAAUUACCAGUCAAAGCAACGAAAUUGAUAAGAUGAAAAAGGAGUUUGUAUCACUCACGGAAUCAUUCCUUAAUUUCAGAAUAAGGUUUGGGUCACGCCAUGUUAAUACGACUUUAUCGGAAAGUCUGGUGUCUAUUAAAGUUGAAUAA